UACUUGUCCCCACUACUAUUACUAUUACUAUUACUAUUACUAUUACCUUCACAUACAUUCCGCGUCCUCACUUUCCCAUGCUUAUCAUGUGCGAUGCUAUUUUUCUUCAUAAAGCUACUUCACACUUCACUUCUCAAAAUAUCACUACUUAGUUUCGUAGUUGUGAAUCAAAACGAUGUCGUUUCCGUGUGACUACUGCGACUCAAGAAGCGCGGUGCUAUACUGCAGACCAGACUCCGCCAAACUAUGCUUAGUAUGUGAUCAGCACGUGCACUCCGCAAACGCACUCGCAUUCAAGCACGUGCGAUACCAAAUUUGCCAAAACUGCAAAAACGACGCCGCUUCAGUUCGUUGCUUCACCGAUAACCUAGUCCGAUGUCCCCGCUGCGAUUGGGAAGCUCACGGCGACGGCGACGACGACUCUUCCCCUCCUCUCCACAACCGCCGCCGUCUCGACGGUCUCUCCGGCUGUCCCUCCGUUCACGAGAUCGUCUCUGCUCUGGGGCUUGAUUUGAAGCUAAACGACGCCGUUUACGUCGCGGAGUUCGAAGGUCCCGUGGUUCCUGUUGUUCAGAAUAGAGAUGAGGUUUAUGAACAGGUAGUGGAAGUUGCAAAGAGAAAGAGGGAUUUUGAAGGUUCAGUGUGUGGUGGUGAAGUAAAAAAUGAGUUCAAUUUCAAUGAUUGUAGUAAUGAAGUUGAUGAUUCAUUGCUUCUUCAGCAAACUCCGUUUACUUCUAUGCUCAAUUGGCCAUCUGAAUUUGAAGUUGAAGCUAAGAAAAACAAUAACAAUGAUUACGGAACUGAACCCGGUGUUCUUCUCUGGGAUCGUAACCCCACCUAUCAACCUCCUCAGGUCUGGGAUUUUCAAUUACAAAAAUCAAGAGAUAUGACAUAUGAUGGUGCGGAAGAAGCUUCCUUAUCGGUUCCGAAAUCAAUGAAACAUGUGCUCGAUAUGAGUUCCUCAACACUUGGUGAUUAUAUUCUAUCAAGAAAUAAUCAGUCAGAUCAGUCAUCAUCAAGCCAUGUGAAGGAGAAAGUAGAAAGCAACAAGAAAACUAAAGAUGGGCUAUCAUCUCAGUCCAAAUUGACUAAAUCCAUAACACAUGGCACUAACAACAUUGUACCGGUUAUGGAGCCUCUUUUGAGUGGGAGUGAAAAUGAUAGCAACAUAAAAGCCAAGGUUAUCUUGGAAGAGCAAGCAAGGAAUAGAGGGGAUGCCAUGUUACGCUACAAGGAGAAGAAGAAAACUCGAAGGUUUGACAAGCACAUUCGCUAUGAGUCAAGGAAGGCUAGGGCUGAUACGAGAAAGAGAGUGAGAGGGAGAUUUGUUAAGGCAACUGAUACAAGUGAUAUUCAAGCAGGAUGAGUGCCUUCUCAGAAAAGAAAUCCCAUCCCACGGCAUUGCCCCUGAAUGUGUAUACAUAUAUAUUAUUAUACUAUAAUAUCAGAGAAAUAUUGAUAGGUUCUAGUUUUAAUGAGUAAUUUCAUGAGUAUCGAUUUAUUGAUUUGAAUCUUUCUUGGUAGAAGAUUUAUAUGAAUUUUUAUUACUCC